AUGCAGUACCUGCCGUCCUUCCUGCUCUUGCUCCUCCUCCUGGCCAUGUCUGCUCCCUCCCAGGCCUGGUCUUGGCCCCUGUGGUACCAGGUGGGGCUGGACUUGCAGCCCUGGGGGUGCCAGCCAAACAGCCUGGAAGGCUGCGGGAUCAGCCUGGGCUGUCCCGGUUACUGGCUGCGCCUGGGGAUGAAACCCAUCUACUUGGUGAUGGGGGUCAUGCUCACCAGCGCCAUGAUUCUGAUUGUGCGCCGCAAGGUGCUGAAGCGGCGGGGCCCGCAGGGCGCCAGGAACGAGCUCCCGCAGGUGCCUGCUCACACCCCUAGACUACGUAAGCGGCGGACCCAAGUCUCCCAGCGCGCCCGGCUACUCAAGGUCCUGCACAUGACGGACUCCCUCCUGGCGAAAAUCCAGGGCCACCUGGAGCAUCUGGCCGAGCAGCAGCCCCGGAAAUAA